CCGACCUACUCUCGACUCUCGACUGUGGCGCCUUCGUUGACGGAAAUGGCAGCGCGGCCAUAACUGAACCUCUUUACGUCGGAUCCAGUCGCAGCACGUUGUCGGAAUAAUAAGCGACCAUGCAGAUCUUUGUGAAAACCCUCACGGGUAAGACCAUUACCCUCGAGGUAGAGGCUUCCGAUACCAUUGAAAAUGUGAAAGCCAAGAUCCAGGACAAGGAGGGCAUCCCCCCAGAUCAGCAGCGGCUUAUUUUUGCCGGCAAACAACUGGAAGAUGGACGCACACUUUCGGAUUACAAUAUCCAGAAAGAAUCUACUCUCCAUCUUGUACUCCGUCUGCGAGGUGGUGUGAUUGAGCCUACCCUUCGUAUACUUGCACAAAAGUACAACUGCGACAAAAUGAUCUGCCGCAAGUGUUACGCUCGUCUUCACCCACGUGCAACCAACUGCCGUAAGAAGAAGUGUGGCCACACAAACAACAUCCGACCCAAGAAGAAGCUGAAGUAGAUUAAACACCCAACUUCCUUUUUCGUGUUGCGAAAAUGGCAUGUAUAUUUCUUACAUCUAAAUAAAUGCAAACUGUAACUAAA